AUGAGGCAUAGCGACCUCGGCCCAGAGCAGGAGAAGGAAUGGGGGUUUACUCACUUUUACCCGCAGCUUAACCCGCAUGUGUGGGAGAUCCAUGCUUCGGCACGAAUGGGUCGGCUCGACCGGAGUGAUACCACGGCCUCACAGAAAACCGGCGUGAAACAACCACAGCGUUGUGUUUCGCCGUCGCGGGUCUGCGGACCCGCGGACGAAGAGCAUGCGGCAGUUAGCGUUCCGCGCGCCGUUUUUAGAGCCAAUACACCACUACAAAUGAGACACAAAAUAGCCGUGCUAAGCCUGGGAUCCGGGGCAGACGCAAUAAGGUACCGUGGCUUUAGCUUGGAGCAGGAGAGGGUGGUUUUAGUCAGUAAGAGUCUGACACUUCCUCCUGGGCGAGAAGUCGCCAAACGAGCUGACGGAUUAUCUGAUGUUAAGCAAUCAACUCCGCCCACGGACACCCGCAACGAAGUAGUUAGAGCCCCGUCUGUAGUGGUCUAUUGGCUCUUUGAGGCGCGCGCGGAACGCUACGCGCCGUACGCUCGGGUCUGGUUCUGGUCGGGCUGCGAGUUGCCCUUAGUCGCCGUCCGCAGACCUGCCUUUUCGGUGGCCGGAGAUCGUCCCUUCGCCGCUUCGUCGCCUGUUGCGGCGGCUGGUCGUGGUGGGGAUACGGAUUCAAAACCGAUGCUAAUCAUGAUCCAGUCGCUAGCCGUGUUGAGAGACAUCAAACAGAUCUAUCAGUUUAUGAUCCACCAGGCUACUAAGGCCCAUAAACGCUAUACAUAA